AUGGCUCUGUCGAUCAGGGACCUCGACAAUGACACUCGUGGAUGGAUUAUGUGUAUUGUCAGCGGCAUUGCCUGCGUUGUCGGUGCUUCCGUUGUCUGUGUUGACAUAAUCGUCCGAUUGUUCCCUGGGAAGCGAAACUUCCGCAUCCAGGACAGCAAUGGCUUCCUCGCCUGCUCUCUAAGCCUAAGCUUUGGCGUCAUGCUCUUCUCGGCGCUGUAUAGUAUGCUGCCUGAGUCUAAGGGAUACCUAAAAAGCGCCGGCUGGUCCGACCAAGAGGCUGGACUCCUUAUGAUGUCCUGCUUUAUUGGGGGGUUUCUUGGUAUCCAGUCAGUUUCGCGGUUUCUGCACCAACAUAUGCCUACUCAUGUGGUCGACUGCGACCAUACCCACGACGAGACGACCAAGGAUGCUCACUCCGGUCAUAGCCAUGACCGUAGACAGUCCCGAGCAAGCCGUGCCCGGCGUCGAAUGUCCAACCGUGCUUCCUCACGCCCCAAGAUGGACCAGUCGAUAUCGAGCCUCGAAAACGGCAACGGCCAUGCGAUUGUUUCGGAAACCACCCCUUUACUUGACUCGGAACGCAACCGUCGACCUAACUCGCUGAAGAGAAAUGCAUCGACCCGCAGCGACAGGAUGGCGCAGCAAUCUAUCAGUACUGCUGUGGUUAGCCGCAGCCGAGCGACAACGGGCAACUCGGAAGCUGCUGAACGACGAUCGUCCAUGUUCCAGGUACAGAAGCGCGUCUUGUCUUUCGUCCAAGACACGAAAUGCAACUGCGACGAGUCUGGCUCCUGUUACGGAUAUACAGACCCAUGCGGCCAAGAAUGUUUUAAACACUUGGCUAAUCGAUCUGCAAAUCCAUCUCGGCACCAAACAGUUCUUCGAACCACUACUGGGGCGGUUCUACCUGCCGCCGCGCAUAGCAAUCGCGGUCACGAUCAUGACCACGACCACGACCAUAGCCAUGCUCACGGCGAUGAUACUCAAGAUCAUGACCAUGAACACCACCACAGCCACACAUCUGAGCCUCUUGUUAGUCCGACCUUUCGCACUAGUCGAGCCGCUUCCCGCGAGCCCUUGGAUCCUAUGUGUGAAGAGGAAGAGGAAGAGACAGAGCAUGAGGAGCAUGAUGCCUCAUGCUCGUCUAUGGAGGAGGGAGAUGAUAUCGAGGCACAGCACCAUCACCAUGUUCCCACCAACGCCUUCCUUUCCAUCGGCCUCCAAACCUCCAUCGCCAUCGCCCUCCAUAAAUUCCCCGAGGGUUUCAUUACCUAUGCCACCAACCAUGCAAAUCCAACACUCGGUUUCAAUGUCUUCAUGGCCUUGUUUGUCCACAAUAUUACGGAAGGAUUCGCCAUGUGCCUCCCGCUCUAUAUGGCUCUCGGCUCUCGCUGGCGCGCUAUAGCCUGGUCGGCCGUUCUUGGCGGUCUAUCCCAGCCUUUCGGUGCCGGCAUCGCCGCCCUGUGGUUCAAACUUGCCAGUCGCAGGCACCUGGAACCGAAUGCUGUCGCGUAUGCGUGUCUGUUUGCCAUCACAUCCGGUAUUAUGGUCAGCGUAGCCCUUCAGCUCUUCGUUGAGGGCCUGAGCCUAAACCAUAACCGUAAUCUGUGCAUCUUCUUUGGAUUCCUCGGAAUGGCGCUGCUGGGGCUGAGCAACGCCCUGGUCGGGUCGCAUUGA